UCUUGUCAAAUGUUUUGACCUUUUAAAAUAUUUUAUUAAGAUCCCCCUUUUUUAUUGACAGUAAACUACUCGUGAUCCCGGCGUCAGAAAUGCAUCCCCGGCGCAGUGCUCAGGAAGUCCUACUGUGUGACCUCUGUGAAACUGUCCCCCUACAGAGUCAUUGUGAACUUUGUAAUAUAAAUCUAUGUAAGGCCUGUGUUGGGGAGCACCUCUCGGACUCCUCUAAAAAACACCAUGUAAUGCCCUAUUUACAAAGAAAGUCUACUCCCAACUACCCGAAAUGUCUGAAACACGUCGAAAAACACUGCGAACUUCACUGUGAGAAUUGUGAUAUUCCUGUUUGUAUUAAAUGCGUCUCCUCCGGUAAACACGAAGGUCACAAGUUAUCAGAAUUUCUGGAAAAACUCAGCGCUAAAACACAAAAUUUACAAAAAGAUUUGGAGGAACUCGAGACCAGAAUUUACCCGCGAUAUGAAGAAAUGGCGUCCAGUAUCCAAACCGAAAAAGCCGACAUAGAAACAAACUACGGGAAAUUGACCACAGCUGCCGAAAAAGAAGGUGAAAUUUUACACCGGGAGAUCACCGCCAUUGUCAAUCAGCGAAAAUCUGCCAUUCAGGAGAUGAAAAACAAACACCUAUCUACCCUGAACAAAAAUACAGAAGAAAUCACACAGAAAAUGGCGGAACUCAAACAGAUCAUUUCCGACUUGAAAUCAAUCCUAAAAUCAAAUGACGUCUCCUUAACCUCUACUUACAAAUCUAGGAAUUCCGAAUUUAGAACAUUACCCUCUAAAGUCCGAGUUACAUUUCCGAGUUUUACUCCUCAGAAAAUAAACAAAGAUCAGUUCAAUGAAAUGUUUGGUUCUCUGUCGCCAUUAUCCAUUAACACAGAACAUGGCGACACAAUGAAGUCAGCAAAAGCUGUAUCGUUUCCUCCAGUCAAACCACUGCUUGAUGAGCCACGCCUCACCGCCACCAUAGACACUGGGUAUAGAGAACUAUACAGUGUUAGCUGUCUGAGUGAAGAUCAAGUCUGGACACGCGGGAAUAACAAAACCAUAAAGCUCCUCAACCUCCAGAGUAAACUACUGACAUCAAUAAAAACCAAGUCAGGGUACUGGCCACGGGACAUAACAGUGACACGGGACGGAGAUCUUGUUUAUACUGACUCUAGUAAUAACACCGUGAAUUUAAUUAAGAAUAAAAAGCUACAGACCGUGAUCACACUACAGGGGUGGAGUCCUCGCUUUGUCUGCUGUACCGUGGUUAACGACCUCCUGGUUAUCAUGAUCAGUGAUGACAAACAAUCCAAAGUCGUGCGUUACUCCGGCUCCACAGAGAAACAAAGCAUUCAAUUUGAUGGUCAGGGUCGUCCUCUCUACUCAUCUGGUUAUAACUAUAAAUACAUCAGUGAGAAUAGGAACCUGGAUAUCUGUGUCGCUGACUUUGACGCUAGUGCAGUAGUGGUGGUUAAUCAGUCAGGAAAACUCCGAUUUAGGUACACUGGUCAUCCCUCUAAUACCAAGCAAUCAUUUACUCCAGUUGGCAUCACUACAGACAGUCAGAGUCACAUCCUGACAGCAGACCAUAACAAUGACCGUAUCCACAUCCUAGAUCAGGACGGACAGUUCCUCCGUUACAUUCACUGUGAUUUACGCGCUCCAUUCGGUUUAUGUGUGGACAUCAGAGACAACCUCUUUGUGGCUGAGUGUUACACUGCUAAAGUGAAGAAAAUCCAAUAUUUAUAAACACUGUUAAUUACACAGUUCUAUGGUGUUAAUUACAUCUAUCAAAACGGUGUUAAUUACACAUCUCUACAGUGCUAUUUACAUCAGUGUGUUGAUUACAACUGCUUGUUAAUUACAGUUCCUUGUUAAUUACAGCCCUGUGUUAAUUACAUCCCUGUGUUAAUUACAGCCCUGUGUCUAUGAUGUGUAAUGUACUUGUGUUUGUGAGUUUAACUGAUAGAACAUUUGUCUCUCACUAAUGUUUACUAAUUAUAUCUGUAUCAUUAUGUUUAGCUGAACAGUAUUAAUUUUAGAACACUAAUUACUAUUUUGACCGUGUUACUAGUUAUGUAUAUACAAUCUUUUGUGGACUAAUUUGACUGUGUUACUAGUUAUCUCUAUACAAUAUUUUAUGGACUAAUUUGACUGUGUUACUAGUUAUCUCUAUAUAAUCUUUUGUGGACUAAUUUGACUGUGUUACUAGUUAUCUUUAUGCAAUCUUUUGUGGACUGAUUUGACUGUGUUACUAGUUAUCUAUAUACAAUCUUUUGUGGACUAAUUUGACUGUGUUACUAGUUAUAUAUCUAUACAAUCUUUUGUGGACUGAUUUGACUGUGUUACUAGUUAUCUAUAUACAAUCUUUUGUGGACUAAUUUGACUGUGUUACUAGUUAUCUCUAUACAAUUUUUUGUGAACUAAUUUGACUGUGUUACUAGUUAUAUAUCUCUAUACAAUCUUUUGUGGACUAAGUUGACUGUGUUACUAGUUAUCUAUAUACAAUCUUUUGUGGACUAAUUUGACUGUGUUACUAGUUAUCUAUCUCUAUACAAUCUUUUGUGGACUAAUUUGACUGUUUUACUAGUAUCAAUAUGUGUACAAUUUUUAAUGUGUAUAUUAUAGAUAAACAUGAUUUAGAG